CAAAGAUUCAAUCGAUCCCAUUCAGUUCGACCUACGUUGGAACUCGACGUUCUUCCCCCCCACUAAUCACCAGCUAGCUGGUUAAGAUAUCCUAGUCCGCUACAGAUCCUACAGAGCUCAGCCGAAUUUAGCAAUCAAUUCGCCAUGGGCGACGCAAAUGAGCUUGAGAGCAUCAGCACCUUUGGCUCUGCCCGCUCGACCAUCAAGGGCGCUCCUCUCUCGGAGGAGGAGGUCAAGAAGUACAAUGACUUCUUCAAGGCGAGUCUGUAUCUCAGCCUCGGCAUGAUAUACCUCCGCCAUAAUCCGCUCCUCAAGGAACCCCUAAAGAAGGAGCACCUCAAAGCCCGACUCCUCGGUCAUUUCGGCUCGGCGCCUGGGCAGAUAUUCACCUACAUGCACUUCAACCGCCUCAUCAACAAGUAUGACCUUGACGCCCUCUUCAUAUCCGGACCCGGCCACGGCGCCCCCGCGGUGCUCUCGCAAGCCUACCUCGAGGGCACCUAUUCCGAGGUGUAUCCCGACAAGUCGGAGGACGAGGAGGGCCUGCAGAAGUUUUUCAAACACUUUUCGUUUCCCGGCGGCAUUGGCUCGCACGCGACCCCAGAAACUCCAGGCAGCCUGCACGAGGGUGGCGAGCUGGGGUAUUCGAUAUCCCACGCCUUCGGCGCCGUCUUCGAUAACCCCAAUCUGAUUGCCCUCACCAUGGUCGGCGACGGCGAGGCCGAGACGGGCCCGCUGGCGACGGCGUGGCACAGCAACAAGUUCCUCAACCCCAUCACCGACGGCGCCGUGUUGCCGGUCCUGCAUCUCAACGGCUACAAGAUCAAUAACCCCACCAUCCUCGCGCGCAUCAGCCACAAGGAGCUCGAGAACCUCUUCCUCGGAUACGGCUACCAGCCCUACUUUGUCGAGGGUGACGAGGUCGACUCGAUGCACCAGGCAAUGGCAGCGACUCUUGAGCACUGCGUGCUGGAGAUCCGCAAGUACCAAAAGCAGGCCAGGGAUUCCGGCGAGCCCUUCCGGCCCAGGUGGCCAGUUAUCAUCCUCCGCACUCCAAAGGGCUGGACGGGUCCGCGCAAGAUCGGCGACAAGUAUAUGGAAGGCUACUGGCGCGCCCACCAGGUGCCAAUCACGGACGUCCACGAGAACCCCGGGCACCUCAAACUACUGGAGCGCUGGAUGCGCAGCUACGAGCCCGAGCGGCUCUUCGUCGACGGCAGGAUCAAUCCGGAGCUCAGGGCGCUCUGCCCGACGGGGAACCGGCGCAUGAGCGCCAAUCCGGUUGCCAACGGCGGCCUGCUUCGGAAACCGCUCAGGAUGCCUGACUUUCGCAACUACGCCCUCGAGGUGGAGAAGCCGGCCGUCACCAUGGCUGCCAGCAUGCAAAACAUGGCCAAGUUCCUGCGAGAUGUGGUUGCCCUAAAUCCGACCAACUUCCGCCUGUUUGGUCCCGACGAGACCGAAUCCAACAAGCUCGCCGGGGUGUACCAGGCGGGCAAGAAGGUCUGGAUGGGCGAGUACUUUGAGGAAGACGAGAACGGCGGCAACCUCGCGCCUAACGGCCGCGUCAUGGAGAUUCUCUCGGAGCACACCUGCGAGGGCUGGCUCGAGGGCUACAUCCUGAGCGGCCGCCAUGGCCUUCUAAACAGUUACGAGCCGUUCAUUCACGUCAUCGACUCGAUGGUUAACCAGCACUGCAAAUGGAUCGAGAAAUGCCUCGAGGUAGAAUGGCGCAGCAAGGUCGCCUCGCUCAACAUCCUCUUGACCGCCGUGGUCUGGCGACAGGACCACAAUGGUUUCACCCACCAAGACCCGGGCUUCCUAGACGUGGUGGCCAACAAAAGCCCCGAAGUGGUGCGCAUCUACCUGCCGCCCGAUGGUAACUGCUUGCUGUCCUGCAUGGACCAUUGCCUCCGGUCGUCCAAUUAUGUCAAUGUCAUCGUCGCCGACAAGCAAGAGCACCUGCAAUACCUCUCCAUGGAAGACGCCAUUGUGCACUGCACCAAGGGCGCCGGUAUCUGGCCGCAGUUCAGCACCGACCACGGUGCUGAACCGGACAUCGUUAUGGCGUCCUGCGGCGACAUCGCCACCCACGAAACGCUAGCUGCGAUCGAUCUCCUUCUGCAGCACUUCCCCGAGCUCAAGAUCCGCUACGUCAACGUCGUCGACCUCUUCAGGCUCAUCUCGCACAUCGACCACCCACACGGGAUGACUGAUGCCGAGUGGGAGGCCCUCUUCACCGCCGACAAACCGAUCAUCUUCAACUUCCACAGCUAUCCCUGGCUAGUCCACCGGCUCUCGUACAAGCGGCCCGGCGCGUGGCGGAACCUGCACGUGCGCGGGUACAAGGAGAAGGGCAACAUUGACACCCCGCUCGAGCUGGCGAUCCGUAACCAGACGGACCGCUUCAGCCUCGCCAUGGACGCCAUCGAUCGGAUGGCAGGCAGCGGGGUGCUCGGAAACCGCGGGGCCGCGGCCAGGGAGGCGCUCAAGAACGCGCAGAUCAGGGCGCGAACCGAGGCGUUCGAGAACGGUGUCGACCCGGAUUUCUUGAAGAGCUGGACAUGGCCGUAUGAGCGGACCGUGCAGGAGGCUGUGCCAAAGCUGAUGGGCUGACUCUUCCUGUUCCUAAUUUCUCCGUGCAAUGGCUUUUGCCUUUUUAAUCUUGUUAAUACACCACCCAUCUCUCCCUUCGGCAUUCUGUCAGGUUAGGUAUCCUCGAAAGUUGAAAAGGUAGAAGGAAAUACAAGGCAAGCCAGAGGAGGAGUAGUGAGUUGAAUGUUGGUUGGGGGCACUGCAGGAAUAGAGAGCAUCUUGGUUUGUAAAGAGGUCUGAGAACCUGGCAUCUCCAACAAGUCACCAGACUAGCCACUGCCCGGCUAGCUCAAUCGGUAGAGCGUGAGACUCUUAAUUCAAGGUCCAUCUCAAGGUUGUGGGUUCGACCCCCACGUUGGGCUCAAUUCCCGGCAGCGAUUGCCUCUCUUUUUCCAUUUUCCAUUUUUUUUUUGUUUUUUCAUAUCAAAGGCAUGGUCGCUACGGCUGCGUGCAUUGAUAAGGGUUAGGGUCUGGUUGCUGUCUGCCAAACACGGUAACACGGCCUGUUUUUCCAAUAACAGAGGGUAUGACGUAUCCGUAUCACUAGAUGUGGGCCAGAGUGCCCUUGUAACCUACUAUCCCGAUCAUGGUUCCCUAACGGGAGCCGGUUCUCC